GAAAGCUGUUAGCAAAAGUAGCCACCAUCCUGCUUGUGCCAGUUACUUGUGAGAGAAGAGAUGGGAGGAGCGUACCUGCAGCCACCGGAUCCACACAGCCACAGCCACAAGGCGUCGAGCAAAAAACCUGGCUGUUUCCUGUCCAAAACUACCUGCGCUUGGCUCGCCUGUGGUUUCCUCUCCUUGGCUCUGCUCCACCUCCUCUGCUGCUCCCCCGCCGGCAGUCAACGAGCGGCGCUCUCUCCUCUGCUCCAGUACAUCAACAACACGUACUCCUUCGUUUCAACAGUUCCAGGUCCUGGUCCUCCGGUGGAAGUGGAAGAGGAAGAGAGGAGCAGCUGCAACUACGCGGUAGGGAAGUGGGUGUGGGCGCCGGGCCACGCGCGGCGGUACAACGCGACCGAGUGCAACGUGAAGGAGAGCCACGACUGCAUCCGCAACGGGCGUCCCGACACGGGGUACCUCGACUGGCGGUGGCAGCCUGCCGACGGGUGCCCGCUGCCGGCGUUCGACGCGGCGGCGUUCCUCUCGGCCGUGCGCGGCAAGCACGUGGCCUUCGUCGGCGACUCCAUGGCGCGGAACCAGGCGCAGUCCCUCAUCUGCCUCCUCAGCGCCGCGUUCCCGUACCGCCUGCUGUACCGGGACUCCGGCCCGGGCCCGCGCAAGCACAACUUCUGGCGGUACGCGUUCCCGGCGUACGACGUCAAGGUGUCCUUCUACUGGACGCCGUUCCUGCUCAGGGCCACGGGCAAGUCGGAGGACGAGAGCGUCAGGGACAACCACGUGCACCUCGACGCGCUCGGCGACCGGUGGGCGGCCGACGCCGACACGAUCGACGUGGCGGUGCUCGCCGCCGCGCACUGGCUGCUCAACGGGGCCAUCUACUACAACGGCAGCCGGAUGGUGGGCGCCCACGGGUACCCGGAGCUCAACGUCACCGGCGUCGGCUACGCGUGGCCGCUGCGCGUGGCGUACCGGGCGGCGGUGGACCGGCUGAGCGCCGCCGGCGGCCGCCCGCGGACCGUGGUGCUGGCCACGUUCUCGCCGUCCCACUUCGAGGGCAAACCGACCAACGACCCCACGGCGUGCGCCAAGACGGAGCCGUACAAGGACGGGGAGAGCGACAUGGAGUGGAUGUACAGGGAGGUGCGGGACGUCGUCUACGACGAGGCGAACGCCGCGAGGGCGAGGGCGACGAGCGGUAACGGCAGCAGCGCCAGCGCGACGAGGGUCGAGGUGCUCGACGUGUCGAAGCUGGCGUCCAUGCGGCCGGACGGUCACCCUGGCCUGUACAUGCACGACCACCCGUUCGCCAACGGUGCGCCGCCGGAGGGGAUGUACUCCGACUGCCUCCACUUCUGUCUGCCCGGCCCGGUCGACACCUUCAACGAGAUACUGUUGCAGAUCCUGAGGAAGAGGCGGUGAAAAUACAGACAGUGAAUCUGUCUGGACUGUCAGCUUGCUUGUUUUUUUUUAUCGUGGACGUGGAGGCAACAAGUUUUGGUCUGAUCGUUCAUUCAAAUUAUUGUGUUAAAUUAUGUACUAUACUUGUACACUCUCCAUAUAUUACGUGCGAGGUGAUUUAAUGACUGUAUCAUCUUUGCACGUUUAUCUAAUUUGGAGCAGCCUGCCCGAGAUUGACUGCUA